AUGCAGACAAUCGGUAAAGCAGAUAACAAAAUGGAUUUUCCUUUGAAUUGGACUGAUGUAUUAUUAAAAUCAAUAUCAGGUAAGACAAACUAUACUAUAGAUGUAAAAAUAGGAACUAAACGCAUUGCAACAAACCAAGAUCUAAGAGAUAAUACAAAAAAACGACGUAAACAAUCAAAUCCUACAAGGAUAUCUUCUAAUGAAGAAAAUGCAAAAAAUGGAAGCGACAGAACAAUAUUAUUUUGUAACAGAAGUAAACCCGAACUGAAUAACAGUAAAGAAGAGACAGAUUUCAAAUUAACUUGUCCCCAAUAUCCUUCGGCUUCUUUACCACUGAAUCUGACUAUAUCUGAAAACCAAAAACUUUCACCAAAUGAAGUACAAAAAAUGCACUUUUCUAACGACGUACAACUGCAAAAUGACUCAUUUACUGAAAUCUCCAAUAACCUAAGUUCUUCUUAUCAAACUUUCAUAAAAGAAAUGCCAUAUAUUGAUAAUAAAGACAACUAUUCGAUUGAAUCUUCAACUUGUAUGAUGUCUUUUUCUAAACAGCAACCAUGCACCUCAACCACAAAUGUUGGGCCGACUUCUGUUCAAAUAUUCAAUCCAGAAGCCUUUUGUGAUCAAUGUAACAAAGAAUUUUGUAACAAAUAUUUUUUAAAAACGCACAAGGCUAAUAAGCAUGGUGUUUUCAGUGACAGCCAUUCAAACAGUUCCAGCUUAGAUCAGUUGGAUAAAAUUAAAAUAUCAACAUUACCCACGACUUGCGAUUUUUCUUCAAACAUUAAUGAUAAUUAUAUUGGCGCUUCAACAUCAUCAUUGUUUAAAAGUCCUGUAUUGUUUUCCCAGUCAUCUGUAAAUUCAAACACAUGUGUAUCAAAAAAUAUAUUUAAUAAUCAAACACGGGCGUUUUGCAGUAUAUGCCAGAAAGAAUUUUGUAACAAAUAUUUCGUUAGGAGACAUAAAGCUAAAAUUCAUGGAAUAACCGACGAUGGAGACUACAAGAUAAAUGAUGACGUCUCUUUAAACUUUAAAACAAAUGUACAGAUAAAAAAUGAAUUUUUAGAUUUUGGAGUUACUGAUUCAUGUGAUAAAGAUGUCGAAACAGUAUCACCUUCUCUUUAUGCCAAUAAAUCCAUAUCUGAAAUUACGAAAAAACAUGAUCAAUUAUUCUUAAAAGGUACUCAACCAUUAGUGGAUAAUGAAGAAGAACUUGUUAUGAAAUAUACUGCAGUUGAAACCCCACAUAAUAACAUAAAAGUUGAGAAUACAGAUGAUGAGCAAAAUGUGAACUACGUCAAUAAAUUAAAAAAUAAAUUGUGUAAUGUAAACGAACUUCAAAGUAGUGAACUUACAAGUAAUUUAAGUCAUAUCAUAAGUACACAUAAUGAAAAGGCAGUUAUUCAAAAUGAUUUUUCAAAAGUGAACGCUAAAGGUAUGAAUCAGCAGCAUACUGAAUUUAAGACUAAUACAAAUACCCCAAAUAACUUGAUGACAAAUAAUAGUGUAAAUGGUAUUUCGGAUAUCAACAAUAUUGGUCAAAAAAUUAACAUCUUAAAUAAUUACCUUCCAGCUACCAUAACAAUUGUUGAAAAUACAAAUAAAAUUGAUAAAAAUAUUGAAACAGAUGAAUCUAAAAUUGAGUUGAUGAGCAAAAGCAAGUUACUUACAUUACACAAUUUGUUUUUUAAAUUUAAUGGAAAUUCGUUAGAGAAUAUGUCAACAUGUUAUGUAUGUAACAUGCAAAUUAAUGGAUCAUUAAAAGCGCAUAUUUUCAAUGAACAUGAAAAUAUCGUUCAUGAACUUAUGAGUGAAACUUUAGAGUCUAAUGAAAAUGUACGCAUUGAACACUCUUGUCAUGAAUGCCAUCAAAUAUUUAAUUCUGAUGCAUUGUUAAAAGAACAUGUCGAACAAGGCGAGUGUAACAUAAAAGAAAUGGGUAGGACGUCGGCUAGUAGUAAAAAUUCCGCAGAAAACGAGGAAUACAUUAAUCAUCAUACCAAAGACUUGGGUGAAAGAAAGCAGACAAUGUUAAGUAGUUUUUGCAAAAUAUGUAACAAAGAAUUGUGUAAUAAGUAUUUCAUGAAAACUCAUAUGCAACGGAUGCACGGUAUAUCGAUUCAAAAUGGCAAUCAUAUUGGGGGAGUAGUGUGUGAUAUAUGUAACAAAGAACUUUGCAGUAAAUAUUUUCUACGAGUACACAAACAGAACUCACAUGGUAUUGUUGAAAAUGGAUCUUGCCAAAAAUAUUGGACGGAUUCGAUGACUGAGAAUGGACAACUGUCGGAUGAACCUGAUAAUGGUCAUAGAUAUUACAAGCACUAUACAGAAGUGUGCAAUAUAUGUCUUAGACGAUUCAGAAGUUCGAAGUGGUUGAGUGCUCAUUUAUUGAACGAUCAUGGCUCUGAGGGAAAAACCCAAUGGAAGCACAUACAGAAUCACAUGGAAGAAGAAAAACAAAACAUGCAAUCUACCAGCGAGUUGAACCAGAGUUUAAAAGCAACUGAAAGUCCGAAACAAAAUCCAGUCGAGGAACAAAAUAUAAUAUGCGAUGAGAUGAAACAGUAUCGUUGUUCCUACUGUUCGUUUACCACGUCUAUUUUGUCGUUUCUUUUCGUACACGAAAAAUUUCAUCUCACUGAUAAUAAAACCACGAAGGACAUGCCGUUAACAUGUCCCACCUGCAGUGUGGCGUUUCAAAACAAGACACAGUUGGAAAAUCAUUUUACACAUUGUCAUUUCAACUCCGAUGCUGGGAAUUCACCCGUUCCGUACGCUAAUUUACAUUCACCCGACAACACGCACGUACCACUCAACGUCAAUGAAGAUUUGUCAGCAGACAAGUCGUUGGACAAUAACGGAAAUGACGUAUUCACAGACAAACUUGGAACAUCGAUCAAGCCUCGUCAAACAGAAAAUGUAUCGCCAUCUAUAAGAAAAAACCACCGUAUUCCUGAAUCAAAUCACGAGCCGUUUAUAAUGCAGUCGUUUUUCCUCGAAAACUGUUCAGUAUCUCCGUCGGUCAAGAAGGAAUUGAGUGGUCGCAGUGAUUCAUUUCAUUCGUCUCUAGUCUACUUACCAGUCAAGGAAAAGUUAACGUCAACUGUUAAUGUUUUCUUCAAGCUAACCCCAACAUAG